AAAAGAAUUCAAAAAGAACAUAAAAUCGUAAAACCCCUCCCAACAAUCCGAAAUACCAACAAUUUCAAAUUUCUAUCUUCUUCAACUCCAACACAAAUUACUUUAUUAGCUACCCCCAAUCGGCAUGUACCAGGAUAACAACCACUGCAACGGUGAUCCGUUAUUUAUUGAGUCGGUGGCGGCGGCGAGCACUCACUGGACCCGUCUUGAGGAUAAGGUUUUUGAGCAGUGUUUGGUUUUGUUUCCGGAGGGGAUUUCUGAUCGCUGGGAGAAGAUCGCUGAACAGAUUCCCGGAAAGUCAGCUAAAGAAGUUGAACAACAUUUUCAUAUGCUUGUCUAUGAUGUUUAUGAGAUCGAUGCGGGUCGAGUUCAGGUUCCUCAGUAUGCUGAUGAUUCGGUAAUGUUGUCACAGGGUUGGGAUUCCCAAAAUCAGAUUUCAUUCGUUUCCAAGUCGAAACAUCACGGAGAGGGUGAAAGAAAGAAGGGAACUCCCUGGACAGAAGAAGAACACAAGUUAUUUUUAAUUGGUCUGCAAAAAUUUGGCAAGGGUGAUUGGCGGAGUAUAUCAAGAAACGUGGUGGUGACACGGACACCGACUCAAGUGGCUAGCCAUGCUCAAAAGUAUUUUCUCCGGCAGAGUGCAGUGAAAAAGGAGAGAAAACGGUCGAGUAUCCAUGACAUUACCACAGUUGAUAGCAAAACGAUGGAUGUGCCCGUCGAACAAAACCGGGGUUCUGAACCACAUGGUAUGGUUCAACAGGCACCUCAACUGCAACAGAUACCGCAUACAGGCCAUUUUGUGGGAAAAUACGGCUAUCCAAUGUAGAGAUGAGAUCAGAGCUCCAAAACUCUGUAUAUAAGCCAAUUUUAUUUUUAGAGUAUCAAAACUUAGACGUAAUUUAAUUUGUCAAACCUGAUGUUCAUUUUAAAGCUAUGACAUUCUGAUGUAAAACCAUGUAUAGAAAACUAAUUCCUUUGAAUUUAAUUUGGGAUACAUGAAAUUUGAUUUAA